CACUGUCUUGGGUGGUUGAGUUUACAAGCGGACGAGUGAAGUGACUGUACCGCCGCAGCGGGUUUACACGACGGACGCGGGUCCCACAGAGUCCCACAGAGUACGUGUCUUUGCUCACAGACUAACUAGAGUCCCACAGAACCGCUCCUCAUUACCGCCGUCAACCCGGACCAUCAGCGGGGACAGACAGCCAUGGCUCGGCCGAGGAAGAAAGUCACCGCUGAGUGUUUAGCAUGAGCCUCUGCGGGCGUGGACGCCUGGAGGACAACGACAACUACAAGUACAACUACAAGGACUACUUCCACAAGUACAACAUUUACUACAACUUCUACAGCAGAACUACCGCGAACAUUACGAGGAGGAAGGUCCCCGGCAGAGGAUGCAGCAGAACGGGAAGAAGAUGGGAGGGAGAGUGGAGGUCUGCGGUCUGCUGCUACUACUACUGCUGCUGCUCAGCGGAGAGAGUCUCUGCGGGGACUCUCAGCAGACAGAACACCUCACCGCCUAUCAGCUGACCAUCCCUCGGCCAAUGGGAGGCAGGCUGAGGCGGGACGUGGAUGGCAGACUACCCAGUCAGGUGUCUUACGUCAUCACUGUGGAUGGAAAUGAUCAUGUUGUUCAUCUGGAGAGAAACGAACUGCUGCUCCCUUCAGACUUCACUGUGUUCACCUACAACCAGAGCGGAGCAGUGAUCACAACCACACCCCCUGUACAGAAUCACUGUCACUACAGGGGCUUCGUUCAGGACAUGGACGGUUCAUCUGUCGCUAUGAGCGUCUGCAACGGCCUCAGAGGAGUGCUACAUCUCACCGAUGACAGUUUUGGUAUUGAGCCAUUAGACUCCGCCCCUGAACAACACCUGGUGUACCGUCUGCAGGAUGUGACAUCACAGCCCCGGGGUUGUGGGACACCACACGACGGACACAUCCACAGCAACGCCACUGAGCAUGAACCUGAGAGUAUCCACCACAGGCAGCACAGCAGAGUGAAGCGAGCUGUUCUUCAUCAGACUCACUACGUGGAGUUACUACUGGUGGUCGACUAUGACAGGUUUAAUUUCAUGAACAAAAAUGAAACGGCAGUGAGGGAGGAGAUGAUUCAUCUGGCCAACUUCCUCGACAGUAUCUACAUACAGCUGAACAUUCGCGUGGUCCUGGUCGGUCUGGAGAUCUGGACUCAGCAGAACAAGAUCAACACCGAAGGGGGAGCAGGGGAAGUGCUGAGUCGAUUCAUCCAGUGGAGAGAGAAGGAGCUGGUUCCUCGCCGCCGCCAUGACUCGGCACAACUCAUCCUGAGGAGGGGCUUUGGAGAAACGGCUGGGAUGGCUUUUAUCUCCACCGUCUGCUCCAGAAGUCACGGGGGAGGGAUCAACGCGUUCACUGAUAAUAGGCUUCCCUCGUUCGCGUCCAUCGUGGCUCAUGAGCUCGGUCACAACCUCGGGAUGAACCAUGACGACGGACGCUCCUGCAACUGCCCUGUUAAGGCCUGCAUCAUGAGCUCUGUAGCCGCAGGCUCCACAAACUUCAGCAGCUGUAGCGCUGAUGAUUUUGAGAAGAUGAUCUUGUUGUCGGGGGGAACGUGCCUCUUGAAUGUGCCCCAGUCUGAUGAUGCCUAUAGCGCCCCCUUCUGUGGGAACAGACUGGUGGACAUGGGAGAGGAGUGUGACUGUGGAUCCCAGCAGGAGUGUGAGAAAGACCCCUGCUGUGAGUAUCAGACGUGCAGACUGAAGUCUGGAGCUCAGUGUGCUUAUGGAGAAUGUUGCUACAAGUGUCAGUACCUCCCUGGUGGAACAGUGUGUCGUUCCAGCACAAAUGAGUGUGAUCUUCCUGAGUACUGUAACGGCUCCUCGUCCUUGUGUCAGAGCGACGCCUUCGCCCAGAACGGGCAGCCCUGCAGGGAGCGGCAGGCCUAUUGUUACAAUGGGAAGUGUCAGCACCAUGACGAGCAGUGUCAGGCCAUAUUUGGACCUAAGGCAAAGGCUGCUCCAGAAACCUGUUUCAAAGACGUCAACAGUAAAGGUGAUCGUUUUGGAAACUGCGGGUACCAAAACUAUGGUUACAAGAAGUGUGAGAGCAGAAACGCCCUGUGUGGGAAGCUACAGUGUUCCAACGUCCAGGCGCAGACAGUUUUCGGCAUAGAACCGUCAAUCAUCAGCACGCCGAUCGCUGGCACCAAGUGUUACGGAGUGGACUUCAUGCUGGGAUCAGACGUCCCCGACCCAGGCAUGGUGAACGAAGGAACCAAGUGUGGAGACAACAAGGUGUGUGUGAACUUUGAGUGUCGCAGCGCUGACGUCCUGAACUACGACUGCGACGUGGACACAAAGUGUCACGGACACGGGGUGUGUAACAGUAACCGGAACUGUCACUGCGACGACAGCUGGGCUCCGCCCUUCUGUGAGGUCAAAGGAUACGGAGGCAGCGUGGACAGUGGACCCACGUGGAAUGAUAAAGACACUUCACUCAGAGACGGUCUGCUCGUCUUCUUCUUCUUCAUCCUUCCUCUGCUCGCUCUGGGAGUCUUUGUGUUUCUGAGACGGAACGAGCUGAUGCGACGACUUGGGCUGAGCCGUCGCAAGAGAUCACAAGGAUACCAAGGUGAUGGCGCAGCUUCAGCCAAUCCCAGCAGGGGGCCCCCUCCCAGAGCACAACCCCCACCUGUCACUCGCAGUAACGCAGGCAACAUUGUCAAAGACGGGCAUCACGCUCAGCUACUGCCACCGCAGGAGGUGGUGGCGAGCAGCAGGUUCACGCCCUCCCACGCUCUGAGGCCGCCUCCUCCUCCUCUAAAACCAAAACCUUCUGCUGCAGGACAACCUCUGAUGCCUCAAAGAGCGGCCCCCGCUCCGCCCGUUUAACCACCUGGAUGCUUCGUCUCUUUUUUUUUCCACGCUCACAACUGGUCACAGCCAAUCAAUGUUUCUGCAGCGUGCUAGCUCUGAAGUCUGCCACGGACCGGACUAUAAACUGAACCAUCAGGAAACAGACCAGACCAGACCAGGCCAGACCAGGCCAGACCAACCAAUCACAGAAAUAUAAUUCAGCUAAACACAUGAUAUCAUGCUAACCCAUGCUAAGUAAAAACACAGAGGGCUAAGUGCUUCACUCUGAUUGGUCGGUUUGAAGACAGAUUCUUGUCACUGGAGUUUUUGUGGUCGUUUUCCUUCUUCCUGCUCUGCACUGUCAUAGGAAUGUAACGCACCCCCGGUGCUGCUGCGCAGGAGCGCUUGGUCGACACCACCUGCUGCUCCCUCUCUCCACAAUGGUACAAAUACAAUAUGCAUCAGAAUCCAGAGCCCGGUCUCCUGUGGACCUGGAUCUGUGUGGUUACAGUCUCAGACACUUGGACACUGUUGACUCAGAUCUCUGGGAUGUUUCUCUGUGUGUGUCUCUCACUGGUUACAUCUGACAUGAUGUAGUUUCCUGUACAGUGAGGUACAGACACGCAGUAAAGACUUGACAGAGAACUUGUCUCACUCACACAAGGAAAACCAGUGAAGACAGACUAACUCGCACCACGUGCCAAAGUCCUGAGGGAAAACAACCUACAACAGGACGUUAAAUAACAUAGGACAGAAAGUUUCAUCCAUAAACUCGCUGAGAUGAGACCGUAGCUUUAAUCUCCAGAACGUCCCAGACUGACGACAUCCGACAGUGUUGAAGUGUCUUCAAGGUGGAAUUGAUCUGUGUCCAGACUUCCUGUCCCUGUAUCAGCUGAAGGACAUGUCCUCUGAGAAGAACCGGUCCUCACAGAAGGACAGGUCGUUGGAGCCUGAGCUCUGGAGUCAUUCUUGAAAAGGUCCUGGUGUCCUGCACUGACCGCUUUCACUCUAACAGGGAUCUUCACAGCACCAAUAAUCUGACUGAUGCACCAAUAAUCUGACUGAUGCUCAGUUACUCUGUGCUUUAAUCUGCUGUUUUAUCUGCUUUAGUGUGUUUUUAAGUUGCCGUGAUUUUGCACAGACCAGGAUUAAAACAAUCAUAGAACUCAGUUUGUGAACUGGAAACAAUCCCAUGUGCAGAUUCAAAUCAAGUUGUUUUAAUCUUAAUUUUACCCUCUGUGCUUCUAAGGGUUUUAAUACUGGGGUUGAAAAAACAUUUUUUUUAUAUAUAUAUAUAAUUUAAUCUCUUUUACACAUAUAUUAGUUCACCUCAUCAUUUUUACAGCACUUCAUUUAUCUGAUGUGACAUUAAAAGCGUUCACACUUAAAGUAUUCAACCCAAUCUGUGUUGUUGUCAUUUUGUUAGUGGUUUGAAAGUUGCCAGAAAAUCUGGGAUUAACGGAGUCACUUUUUUUUUUUUUUUUAUUUCCCCUCACAUGAAUCACGUGACCACCCCUCAGAUUUUGUUUCUGCACAUGUUGGAUUUGUAAAAAAGAAAUAAAAAAAGAAAAGUAACAUUGAGUCAUUUACUGAAAUGAUGUAUUUAGGUACAGUUUUGAGGAACUUUACCCUUUUUCAGAUAUUUCAGAGGAAACGAUUCUACAUUAAUCUCUUUACAUUUAUCUGACAGCAUAUUAAUAUAAAGGAUGAAACAAUCUCUACCCAUAAUUCAUUCGUUGUUAUAAUCUAUAAUCUAGUCAAAUUAUAUGAGCAAUCAUAAAUGCAAAGUGAGUAUUUUUACUUCUGGUACUUUAAUGUUUAUUCUGACCCGAGUAAUUAUACACUUUUACAUAAGACUGAAUAUUUCUACACUGUGGUUAAUUAUUAUUAUUAUUAUUAUUAUUAUUAUUAUUAUUGUUAAUGAUUCUACCUGAGAGGAUGUUCAGGUGUGUGUGUGUGUGUGUAUGAGUUGAAGGAAAUGCAGUUGUAUUUAUGGUGAAACUGUGUAUUAAAGUACUAACCUUGUGAGGACCGUUUUCACGUCACCGCAACAAACACAACGCUGUCACUGCUUUGAUAAUAAAUGAUUUCUUUGUAA